UCUAAUAGAUCACACAGCUCUGGUGAUCAUGAUGCAGGAAGUUGUUUGGAAUGUAUGCCACAUCAAGUCUAACCAGUUUCUUAGUUUUCCUUAUAAUAAGGUCAUAACUUUUCAUAUAGCUCACAACACAGUUUGUUGCUGCUAGAAGUGAUUUGCUGAGGGUGAAUUGGCUGAAGAUGGAUGAUUUGGGUCAACCAUCCAGACAACCUGAGCAUCCACUGCAGAACUGCAGAAGAAGUCAACACCAUCAUCUAGAAAGGGAAGGAGACCAGCCACUACUAGAAAGCAAUGAGAAGAGUUUGGGGGAAAACAGAAACCUUAACUUGAGGACUCCUGAAGAACUAAGGCCUGUUUUCCAAACAACAAACAAUUCAUUUCUGGGUCUACGUUCCAGUUUUCGUAAAUGGACUCGUAGGAUAAACCAAUCACAAAUGUCAGUGAAUUUCUCUAGAAAACAGAAGCUGAAUCUUGUGCUGUGUGGGUGUGAUAGCACACUUAAGGUCUCUGUGUCCAAACUUUUAAGAGGGAAAAAGAUAAAACCUUCACAUCAGAGAGCGAUCAGUGAAGAGUGUGUGAAGAGAGAGGAGAGGAUACAUGGACAUGUGAUCAGUCUGCUGGAGCUUCCAGCUCUCACUCGGCUCUCAGAAGAGGAAGUGAUGCGUCAGACUCUCAACUGUGUAUCUCUCUGUGAUCCUGGAGUUCACGUUUUCCUCCUCAUUGUUCCUGCUGGUCCACUUAAUAAUGAUGAGAGAGCAGAAAUAGAGAAGAUCCAGAAGAUAUUUUAUUCCAGAGACCAUUUCAUGGUGCUUUUCACAACAGAGCUCAUUAUUAUUAAAAAAGUGACAAAUUUUGUUGAAUCCAACCCAGAACUUCAGAGAUUAAUCAGUCGUUGUGGAGGUCAGUACAGAGUGAUGGGCUUCAAUGAACCUGAAAACUCAAGACAGAUACCAGAUCUACUGGAUUAUAUAGAGAACUUGAAAACUGAACCCUAUUCACUUCAAAUGUAUGUGAAAGCCAGAGAGAACAGAGCCAGACAUGAACUGGAGGAACAACAUAAAAAAGAAAUGCAAAAUAAAAUUAAAGAGCUACAAGAAAUGGUUCAGUCAGAAGGUGCUGAAGGUGAAGCAGAUGACCUGGAGUGUUUGAGAAUUGUGCUCAUUGGGAGGACAGGAACUGGAAAAAGUGCAACAGGAAACACUAUUCUGGGAAGAAAUGAGUUUCACAGCCGAAUGAGCACAGAUUCUGUGACAACUGCAUGUGAAAAGAGAAUUGGUGAAGCUGAUGGUCAAUCAGUAGCUGUUGUUGAUACUCCAGGACUGUUUGACACAUCACUGACAAAUGAUCAGUUGGUGGAAGAAAUAAUGAAAUGUGUUUCUCUCUCAUUGCCUGGACCUCAUGUGUUUGUCAUUGUGUUGAGUUUGGGAAGAUUAACCAAAGAGAAGGUAGACACUAUGGAUCUGAUAAAGAAGAUCUUUGGUCCAAAAGUUGCUCAGUUCAGCAUCGUUCUGUUUACUAGAGGAGACGAACUUGAGGACGAGUCCAUACAAGAUUAUGUGAAGAGAAGUAAAUCAGCAGAACUCCAGAAACUGAUCAGAGAUUGUGGAAACAGAUUCUUGGUUUUCAAUAACAGAGAAAAACAAGAUAAAACUCAAGUGAUUCAACUGUUAAACAUGAUAGAAGAGGUGAAAAAUGCUAAUCAGGGCCGAUACUUCACUAACAGCAUGUUUGAGGAGGCAGAGAUGUCCAUUAAAAAGAAAAUGGAGGAAAUAAUGAAAGAGAAAGAAAAAGAAAUUCAGGUUAAGAAAGAUGAGUUACAAGCCAAAUAUGAGAUGGAAAUGAAAAACAUGAUGAGGAAACUCGAGGAAAAGAAACAAAGAGCAGAUGAGGAGAGAAAGAGAAUGCAGAACCAGCUGAGAGAAAAAGAGAAAAAACUCAGAAAAGAGUUUGAAGAAAAAGAGAAAACAGAACAGAAAAACCGAGAGACUGAAAAGCUGAAACAUUCAGAAGAGGAAAAACAGCAAAGAGCUGAAUUUCUUCGAAAAAUAGAAGAGAUGAAAAAAAGAGAGAAACAGAAAUAUGAGAAGGAUAUAAAAGACAUGAUGAAGAAACAUCAAGAUGAAGUCAGAAAACAAGCGGAGGAAUUUCAUAAGUCGACAGAAAGAAAACUGCAGCAUGUUCUGGAACUCACAGAGAUGCUUAAAGAGCAUCAAAAACAACAUAAGGCACUGGAUAAACUUGGAAAAUAAAAAAAGAAGAGAAGAAAAGCAAAGAAAUAAAAGAACUACAACUGUUAAAAAAAGAAUAAAACAGAUUUAGUAAUUUUGUGAUACUUCUUAAUGUCUAAAAUCAAAAUACAAAUAGCAAUAUUUACGCUUGGUUUUAUUUCCUGUACUUACAUUAUGUUUUUAUUAUUAUUAUUAUUAUUUUCUUUUCUUUUGCUGUUUUAUUGGAAAUCAUCUCUAUGGGAAAAUGGGGAAAAAAUAAUAAAACAAAAGAAUAUUUUCAAUAGCCUGAAUUUAACACUAAAUGAACUACACACAAGUGUUUUCUGCAUUUAUUAUUACUACUAAUAUUAUGUUGAUUUAAUAAAAGCAUCAAAUAAUGAAAAAUUAUUUUCCUAUCCAUUUUGCCCCUUUAUAUCUGAAGUAUAAAACUGUUAGAAGACAUUGUGUCUCUAUAAUCUGAUAGAUUCAACUUCCCUUGUGUAAUUUAUUGUUUUUGUCAACCUCAUUAUUUAUGAUAGUUGUUAUCAGGUUCAGUUGUGCAGCAAUGUUCUAAAAAUGCAGUAAUUUGCAUGUUGGCAAUUCAAUUGCAUUAGUGGUAAGUAAAUUUAUAAAACACUUUUGUUAAACAAAUUUCAAUGCAAAUUAAACAUAAUUAAAAUCUAUAAAGAUGAUACUUCUUUCAUCUUUACUCGCAUUGUUUCAAACGUGCGUUACUUGCUUGUUUUCUGUGGAACACAGUUUGUUCUUCCCGUGUAAUGGUAUUUAAUAAAGCCCAAUAUUUUCCAAGCUUUAAAAGGAAUGACAAUCAUGAUACAAUUAACCUAUAUGACUCAUGUGCUAUAUUCCAGACCUUCUGAAAAAAUAUGAUAGCCUAGGGUGAGAAAGACCUAUACUUCUUUAUCUGUCUGGGUGCUGCUCAAUUCCUUAUUAUUUGUGCAUUCUUAUUUCCUUUUCUUGCAUCCUAGCUCCUCUCUCUUAGGAUGCAAAAAAAGGAA